AUGAUCGGGUACUCUGACUCGGGCAAAGACGCUGGACGUUUAUCAGCGGCGUGGCAGCUGUACAAGACGCAAGAAGAGCUUGUGAAGGUUGCGAAGGAGUUUGGAGUUAAGCUGACAAUGUUUCACGGGAGAGGUGGGACUGUUGGGAGAGGAGGUGGACCUACACAUCUUGCUAUCUUGUCUCAGCCUCCGGAUACCAUUCACGGGCAGCUAAGGGUGACGGUUCAAGGAGAAGUUAUAGAACAGUCUUUUGGAGAAGAGCAUUUGUGUUUUAGGACUCUUCAGCGUUUCACGGCUGCUACGCUCGAGCAUGGAAUGCAUCCACCGGUCUCUCCUAAACCGGAGUGGCGUGUACUUAUGGAUGAGAUGGCUGUUAUUGCCACUGAAGAGUACCGUUCUGUUGUCUUCAAGGAGCCUCGUUUCGUUGAGUACUUCCGUCUGGUAAGUUCUUUAACCAACACACUUGCCUAGGCCUAGUAUUUUUGUCCGAACCAAACCAAACAUUGGUUAGGAUUUCGGUUCGAUUCGGUUCGGUAGGUUUGAAAAUUUUGGUUUUUCGGUUCAGUUCGGUAAAUGGUUGCUUCGGUUUUCUUUUUAAAAAUAUUAUAACCAUAUCAUACCAAAAACCCGAACCAAAAUUUUGACAAAAUUAAACUAAAAUCUAAUGGAAAUUAAAAGUAGGAUUUUCAAAAACCGAACCAAACUUUAUUUUGGCUUAGUUCGGUAAGAUUUACAGUGAAACCUCUAUAAAUUAAUAAUGUUGGGACUACACCAAAACUAUAUAGUUUAUUUUAAAAAUUA